UAAGGGAUCUACAAUUUAUCCAAGCCCUAAACAUUUAGUCACACACAAUCGCACAGAGGAGCAGCAGCAAUGGAGUAUGUGAGCCCUGAAGGACUUCGUUUGGAUGGACGCCGUCCCAUGGAGAUGAGACAACUUAGAGCAGAACUUGGUGCUGUUUCCAGAGCGGACGGUUCGGCGGUUUUUGAGAUGGGGAACACCAAAGUUAUUGCUGCGGUUUAUGGUCCCAGAGAGGUCCAAAAUAGGAGCCAACAGAUUAAUGAUAAGGCACUGAUUAGGUGUGAGUAUACGAUGGCUAAUUUCAGUACAGGAGACCGCAUGAGAAAACCCAAGGGUGACAGGAGAUCCACUGAAAUUUCUUUGGUUAUUCGCCAAACAAUGGAAGCAUGCAUAAUGACUCACCUAAUGCCCCGUUCACAGAUCGACAUUUUUGUCCAAGUUCUUCAAGCAGAUGGCGGAACGAGGUCGGCUUGCAUAAAUGCUGCAACAUUGGCCCUUGCAGAUGCUGGCAUUCCGAUGUGUGACCUUGUUACUUCGUGUAGUGCUGGGUAUCUUAACAGCACACCUCUGCUUGAUCUAAAUUACGUGGAAGAUAGUGCCCGGGGGCCUGAUGUUACUGUAGGAAUUCUACCUAAGUUAGACAAAGUGACUCUUCUUCAGAUGGAUGCCAAGUUGCCAAUGGAUAUAUUUGAAAAUGUCAUGCAACUUGCAACCGAAGGCUGCAAAGCGGUGGCAAAUUACAUCCGAGAAGUGUUGUUGGAAAACACAAAACAACUAGAAAACCGGCGUGGUGUAUAGCUUGACGGUAGGUGAAGUUCUAAAUGUUCUUCCGUUAUUUUUUUCAACUUUUUGGGUCGGUUUAGAAGGUAAUGCUGCUAGCCAUAUGACUGAUCUGCAUUUUCUGGGAACAUCUCGAUCGAUGAAUCUGCUCAAUGGGAGUUUUUGGUCAUAAACUUCACAAGGUAAAAAUGUACAAGAACAAACAUGAUACUUCCGAGGAUAUUGUUUGCAGUUGGAAUUUUUAAGCAGCAUUUGAACAUGUCUCAUGGUUAGAAGUUUGUGUGUUGAAAAAAAUGUAUUCGAAAUGGAACUUGCUUUCUAUCUUCAUUGUGUUUUGAA